CUGGACGAGACUCCCUUGACGGUGAAAACCGACAUGGCCACCAUCGUCAAAGUGAUGCAGUUGCCGGAUUCAGGGCUGGAAAUUCGGGACAGGAUGUGGUUGAAAAUCACCAUCUCCAAUGCAGUGAUUGGAGCAGAUGUCGUCGACUGGCUUUACACCCACGUGGAAGAUUUCAAAGACCGCCGAGAAGCCCGGAAAUACGCCAGCAGUAUGCUGAAGCACGGCUACCUCAGACACACUGUGAAUAAGAUUACUUUCUCAGAACAGUGCUAUUACGUGUUUGGAGAUCUUUGCGGCAGUAAGUGGCCUCCGUUGCACGUCUCCUUGGGACAAGUUGCUCUUUUCGUCCGUUUUACCUUUGCUCAGGUGGCUCAGUGGCUAAGACACUGAGUUUGUUGAUCAUAAAGGUGGGCAGU